AUGGGUGCCGCUGCUAAGGGUAGGGUGUCUGGGUCGCUUCUUGAUGACCAUGAAGGGGGCACCGACGCUGGAAGGGAGCUGAGCUCCUUUUGGCGUGCAGCUUGGGCGUGUGCUGCUACACUCCUGAUGGAUGGGCCAACAACUCAAAAAAGGUCUUUAUGGGCGAGCUCUACUGAGGAGGGUCCCCCGUGGGCGAGCUCUACUUGGCGAGAUGGCAUGUUGGGCGCCAAUGCUUGGGUGUCGGGAGGUGAACCGUGCAGCGGUGUUAGUGGGCGAGCUGGCCGUGCGCACAGGAGAGUAGCUGUGUUGUCUGGCGCACAAGAGGGGUUAUUGCAUUGGUUGGGCGCGCAGAAGGGCUACUACACUGCACUAGAGGAGCUAUUGCGCUGGAUGAGCCUGGCGAGGCAUUGGGCAUAG